CUUUUGUCCAUACUUUCUCUUCACAUCGGUGUCCAGCCCUCAGAAUGCCAUUUUUCCAAAGCUAGAUUUGCGGAAUUUCGCUUCUUGCCACCUAUAUUCUCAGUUCUUCGUGCCGUGGCUGAUCUCCGGCAGGCGGUCCGCACAUUUGCCCAAUCGGUCGGUGUUAAUGCAAAUGAGAAGCUACGCCUUAUGAAGUUAUGUGAUAAUUUCCGAGAUGACGGACUAGCUUCUAGUGGUGUGCGCUUGCAGGAUAAAUCAUGGAACUUACCGAGUAGUUCUAUUCACGGGACGACGACAUUACAGUCCUCCAUGCAGCGUAUAGAAAUUCCUGCAAUUGGCUUGUAUGAUACCCAGUGGUUAGCUGAAGAGGUUGCAGAUAGAAAAAAGGUAAACGGACAAUUCUAA